AAAAAUUAAAGACGACCAACGACAAAACGGCUCCUCUCGCAUCAUUCUCCUUCAUCUUUCAACUUCUUCAGUUUCAAGUCCUCUCCUUCUCUGUAAAUAAUAUACGUCGUGUAUUUAUAUAUGCAACCAGCAUUUUGCUCCUUCUCUGUUCUCUCAUGGCGGGUCCGUACUCUUCAUCGAGACCCACCUUUUCUUCUUCGUUGUCCUCUUCUCCAUCUCCUCAACAAGUCUUCACUUCGCGUCUUCUCUUGCUCUUGACUCUUCUUCCAUUGACUCUCGCUUGCUUUGCCUUUGUUUUGCAAUGGUGGGGUGGCCUCAACGACCCAAUCAGCCGUUGGUCGCCGGACGACCACCACUUCCCUGGAAUGGGCGCUACCUCCUCUGGGCAUUCUCUUCACACUUCUGGUUCGGGUUGCGCUGAUCUUCUGGGUCAGAGUCGGUCCCUUGCUUUCCCGUACUACAGAGGCUGGAAAUUCGAUUACGGGUCGGAUCUGAGGCCUAAGAUAUGUAUUACAACAAGCACUUCUGCUGGUUUAGAACAAACUUUACCAUGGAUUUUUUAUCACAAAGUUAUUGGAGUUUCUACUUUUUUCCUUUUUGUUGAGGGGAAGGCAGCCUCCUACAAUGUAUCAAAAGUAUUGGAAUCAAUUCCGGGGGUAAAGGUCAUCUAUAGAACAAGAGAGUUAGAGGAGCGGCAAGCUAAAAGUCGGAUAUGGAAUGAGACGUGGUUGGCAAGCUUCUUCUACAAGCCAUGCAACUAUGAGUUGUUUGUGAAGCAAUCCCUUAAUAUGGAAAUGGCCAUUGUAAUGGCACGGGAGGCUGGCAUGGAUUGGAUUAUCCAUCUUGACACUGAUGAACUAAUACAUCCUGCUGGCGCUCAUGAAUAUUCUUUGAGACAAUUACUAGCAGAUGUGCCCAGAAAUGUUGAUAUGGUUAUCUUCCCAAACUACGAGAGUAGUGUUGAGCGUGACGAUAUUAAGGACCUUUCCAGUGAGGUGUCAAUGUUCAAGAAGAACUAUGAUCAUCUUCCCAAAGACGUAUACUUCGGCAACUAUAGAGAAGCGACGCGCGGAAAUCCAAAUUACUUUCUAACCUAUGGAAAUGGGAAGUCAGCAGCACGUAUUCAGGAUCAUCUUCGUCCUAAUGGUGCACAUAGAUGGCACAAUUACAUGAAAACCCCAAAUGAGAUUAAACUGGAGGAGGCCGCUGUUCUCCACUAUACGUAUCCCAAAUUUUCUGAUCUUACUUCUAGACGUGAUCGCUGUGGCUGCAAACCAACAAAGGAGGAUGUUAAAAGAUGCUUCAUGUUGGAAUUUGACAGAGCUGCAUUCAUAAUUGCAUCAACGGCAACUGAGGAAGAAAUGCUUCGCUGGUACCGCGAGCGCAUUGUCUGGACUGAUAAAACUCUGAACUUGAAGCUUGUGAGGAAGGGAAUCUUGACUCGUAUUCAUGCUCCCAUGGUCAUUGUUCAAGAACUUAGGGAGUCAGGUGUUUUCACUUCUGUGAUUGCUGAAGCAUAUAAAUCCAUGUCAAAUGAGAAAUUUUGGUCAGCAUUAGAGACACAUAACUCUUCUGUAACAGACAACCUUCGAAUAAUUUCCUCGAGAAAGAUUGGCAACAAUGGAGAAUCUCAGGCAACAGCUAGGAGGACCUUGGGAGUCACUGAUGACAAUGCCGUUCUUCACAUAUCAGCAACACCACCUCAAUCUCCUCCUGUCCCUGAUGAUCUCGUAGAUAUUUAACUAUGGUUUGCCAAAUCCACAGUAUUCCCUCUGCCUCAUUAUCAUAGGUCAUUUUUGGAGAAGGGCAGAAAUUUUCAAAAUGAUUGCCAGAAAAAGCUAGAGGAAAAGGGAAUGGAAAAGAAGGUAAGGGAGCAAAGUUUUAUGUGCCUGUCUGGAAGGGGGCGAAUUGUUGCUCGGUUUCAACGGGGGCUCUUCCCGAUCAUUACCCAAGCGCUGGUGUAUAUUUUCCGGUUUUUAGAUUUGUUAGGUUUUAUUUUUCUAUAGAUGUGAAGAGAUGUAGAGACGGAUUCUGAGUUACACAGGUGGAUGAUAUGGUGUUCUUGGUAGAGAUAGCUUCUUAGGAUUUAUUGGUUGAAUUGCCUGAGAUUGUAAUCAGAAAACCUAGGCCUCUUACCUACCAAUUAUUCCUUUGAUUAUAAUAUACACAUUGAAGGGGCAUAUUUCUGUAGGGUUCCUGUUUAUGAUGAUAUAGUGAUGUGAGUAUUGGUUAUAGAAA